GCUCCAGAAAUCUGCAUCCUCUUAUCAUCUCUUCCUUUCUUUCUCUCACUCCAAAACGCAGUCAGCAAAGAUCCGUCGCUAGAGAGAGAAAGUCUCGCCGUCGCGCCGCCGCCGUCCUCGCCGGAAUCGCAGCCAUGGCCAAGAUGAUCGUGGCCUCCUCCUCCUCCUGCAAGACCCAGAUCCCACCUCCGCUCUCCGCCCCAAAGCCCAAGCAGCAGCAACCCAAUUCGCUCCCCCAGCCCACCCUCUCCCUCCCCAAGCUCAGGCUCCCGAAGCCCCUCGCCGCCCUCUCCCCGAAGUCCCUCCCCCUCCUCGCCGCCGCCGCCGCCGCGUCGUCCGCCGCCCUCCUGGCCCAGCCCCUGCCGGCGCUGGCGGUGGAGAUCGAGAAGGCGGCGCUGUUCGACUUCAACCUGACGCUGCCCAUCAUCGCGGGGGAGUUCCUGCUGCUGAUGUUCGCGCUGGACAAGGUCUACUUCUCCCCGCUGGGGAACUUCAUGGACCAGCGGGACGCGGAGAUCAAGGAGAAGCUGAGCGGCGUGAAGGACACGUCGCAGGAGGUGAAGCAGCUGGAGGAGCAGGCGGCGGCGGUGAUGCGGGCGGCGCGGGCGGAGAUAUCGGCGGCGCUGAGCAAGAUGAAGAAGGAGACGCAGGCGGAGGUGGAGCAGAAGCUGCUGGAGGGGCGGCGCAAGGUGGAGGCGGAGCUGCAGGAGGCGCUGGCCAUCCUGGAGAGCCAGAAGGAGGAGACCCUCAAGGCCCUCGACUCCCAGAUCGCCGUCCUCAGCCAGGACAUCGUCAACAAGGUCCUCCCCGUCAAAUGAUUUUUUUAACUCUCUAGUUAAGAUCGAUCGAUGCCGAGGUUCUUCCGCUGUAUGAUCUUUGAAAGAGGGAAGAAGGAAUAGGCUUUUGGGAAUUGGGAAUUGGGAUUGGAUUUGGAUGCAAGAGAAUGUCUAGAAUUCUUGAAAUUUUCUCUCGUAUAUCUCUGUGUAAAGAUACUUUGCAAGUGAUAAUGUGAACUGGUUAGUGUAUGCA